ACAGCAGAAGAUACAAUAAUUAAAAAACAAUGUUUAUUACAACAACAACCACAAGAAGAAGAAGAAGUGUCAAGAGGCGCCAAACAAGCAAAAUUUAAUUCGGCUAAGAAAAUGCGAACAACUUUACGCGCCUAAAGCAACAAGGGAGCAAAAGCAACAGCAACAACAACAACGACAAUAACAACUAAAACAACAACAACAACAACCAAACAACAGCUAGUGAUGCGUGGAUAUAAAAGCCUGCCGCCCGCCUACCAAUAGUUGGCAAUGAAACAAUCCCUCGGGUUUAUGUGAAUUUUUGGUGAAACGAAAUUUUCGAAACGGAAGCAAAGUUGAAAUCGUUUAAUCCAUAUUCGAAGGUCGAGAUCGGCCGACAAACUGAACGCGUUGCAAGUGCAUAUUUUUUGUUUUUUGUUUGGUUUCGGUUUCUGGAGCACGCACAGAACUGCAGGCAGUUACACACAAACACACACGCGCGCCGUGUGUAGGUGUGCGUGUGCGUGAGUAAGCUGGACGCAGCACUGGUAAACAUGGAUUGGACUCGGUGGCAAGACGCUAAAGCCAGAGACAGAGCUGGCAGCAGCAGCAUCUGCAGCAUCUGCAGCAGCCUUUGCGAUUGCGAGCAUCAGCGCAGCCAGUGGCUACCCAUUUGAUUCGUCCAGUCUCAUAGUAGGUUCAAUCAGUCAUUCAACUAGUCAACCUGUCAAUCUGCCAACCAGUCAGUCAGUCAGUCAGUAAGUCAGUCAGUCAGUCAGCCAGUCAGUAAAUCAAUAUCAGUAUCAAUCAGUGCACACGUCACCCACUCAAUCAGUUAGUCAGUCAAUUGAUCGAUUCUCUGGUCAGUCGCGAGUUUGUACGAUCGGUUGUCUCUGUUACAUUGCAAGCAACGUAUCGACCGAUUUGGCAUUCAUAAAAAACUGUAAAUAUCAACUUAUAGAUAUAUAUACAUUAUUCAUAUAUAUACAUACAUAUAUAUGAAGUGCAGUGCUAAUUGAAUUUAUCUGAGUGUCGUGCAAAACAACAAAACAAUAUUGGAUUGGAUUGAGAAGUCCGGCGCGGAGAGAGCGGCGCACGCUGCGGUUCAGUUGGCCCAGUGGAAGAGCCAAUUAUUUCAUCAACAGCAGCAACUACAGAGGCAGCAGCAGCAUCAGCAGCAGCAACAAUAAUUCUAUAACAAGAGCCGCCUCAACCCUGCCAAUGCCCUCAUUGCCAUCAUAGUUAAUCAACAACGUCAUCAUCGUUUGUUUAGAUUUGGCACAACGUUCUAUCGCGCAAGCUAAAGCCACAUCUGGUCGCCGACACCGUUAAGCAGUAUAUAAGUCGGGCGCAACCAACAGCAAAAAAGGGUUCUCAAGAGCAACAAAAUAACAUGGAGUUUUUACGUGGUGUCUAUGCGUUUAUGCAAGUGAGUAGAUCAUCGGUGUCUCAUGUCAAAAUCGAUUCACCUGUUUUUCGCCUGCACACAAACGCAACGGUUAUUUUACUGAUCACAUUCUCGAUUGCUGUGACAACGCGGCAGUACGUAGGAAACCCAAUAGACUGUGUACACACAAGAGACAUUCCUGAAGAUGUUCUCAACACAUAUUGUUGGAUACACUCAACGUAUACAGUUGUGGAUGCGUUCAUGAAAAAGCAAGGUUCCGAGGUGCCUUUUCCUGGAAUUCACAAUUCACAGGGGCGUGGCCCUCUUACAAUAAAGCACACAAAAUAUUAUCAAUGGGUAGCGUUUACACUAUUUUUUCAGGCAAUCUUAUUUUACACACCAAGAUGGCUGUGGAAGUCUUGGGAGGGUGGCAAAAUUCAUGCGCUCAUCAUGGACUUAGAUAUAGGCAUUUGUUCCGAAGCCGAGAAAAAACAAAAAAAGAAAUUACUUUUAGAUUAUUUAUGGGAAAAUUUAAGAUAUCACAAUUGGUGGGCGUACAGAUACUACGUGUGUGAACUGCUCGCCCUAAUAAAUGUGAUAGGUCAAAUGUUUCUUAUGAAUCGAUUUUUCGAUGGCGAAUUUAUGACAUUUGGCUUGGAUGUGAUAGAUUAUAUGGAGACCGAUCAGGAAGAUCGCAUGGAUCCGAUGAUUUACAUAUUUCCCAGAAUGACCAAAUGUACAUUUUUUAAAUAUGGUUCAAGUGGGGAGGUGGAAAAACACGACGCCAUUUGCAUUUUACCAUUAAACGUUGUUAAUGAGAAAAUUUACAUUUUCCUUUGGUUUUGGUUUAUAUUAUUAACGUUACUCACAUUAUUAACGCUAAUAUACAGGGUGGUUAUUAUAUUCUCGCCUCGAAUGAGGGUCUAUUUAUUUCGAAUGCGAUUUAGGUUAGUGCGUCGUGACGCUAUUGAAAUAAUCGUUCGUCGUUCCAAGAUGGGCGAUUGGUUUUUGUUGUAUUUAUUAGGUGAAAAUAUAGAUACAGUUAUAUUUCGUGAUGUUGUACAGGACUUAGCGAAUCGUUUAGGACAUAACCAACACCAUAGGGUGCCUGGAUUGAAAGGUGAAAUACAGGAUGCAUGAUAUUGGGAGUAUUAGAAACAAUACAAAAUGCAAUAUGUCGUCUCUAUAUAAAAAACAACAACAUCAACAUUCAACUACUUAGUACAACAACAACAGCAGCAGCAACCGCUUCAUAAGUUCAAAAUAAAACUGAAAAAAAAACGUAUCUUACAAAUACAACCAAAAAAACUAUCGUCAAUGCUAACACAUCGAAGUCAUUUUCAAUCAACAAGAGAGUAAAGCACAGAGGCACCUCAAUACCAAUAACGAUAACGAUAACGACAAAGAUAACGAUAAAGAUAAAGAUUAACAUAAAGAUAAAGAUAAGAUAUCAAUAGACCCAACCACACAACGAAUGAAAGCGGACUAAGCCGAACCAGAACUAAAAGUCAAAAGUAAGGAAACGAAUCAACCAACAAAAGAAAAACUCAACAACGAACAUUAAAGGCAGAUCGAAAAGAUAAUGAUAUUGAUAGGAAUUAAUAACAAUCACGAGCAGCAGCAGCAGGAAACGGAGUUUGGGUGCAGCUGCAGCUAGCCAGCUCAGCCAGCGCCCAAGGACAUCGCAAGCAGUUGCACGUGGCGCCUGCAACUGCGUGCAUGCCCCAUGGAUUCAAGUCAAAAAGUUAUGAAAAUAGAAGUUGCCCAGGGACAAGGACAAAGUGUGUGCAAGAACCAAGAAGGAAAGAACAACACAAAGACAGAAGAAACGAAAGGAAAAGAAAGGAAAGGAAAGCAGAGGAAACAACGCUCUCUCUCUCUCUCUCUCUCACACACACUCACACACAAACACACUCAUCACAAACAUAAAUAUAAACUUCACCACACACCAACAUCACACACAACAUUUACGCGGCAUUACUCAUACGCCCCCGUAGACGCCAUCAAAUCGCACACUCAACCUGCUCCUCACUUUGCUUGUCAUGCAGCAACACAACAAACACCAAAGAAGUCGAGACGACGCCCGCGAAUAUAAUUGCAUUUCUGUAUUAACAACCAACAAUACUACAACAACAUCAGCAGCAGCAGCGGCAACAACAACUGCAACUGCAAUCACUCGAAAGCAUCACGAACAGCAGCAACAACAACAACAACAGCUGCAACUGUUUCAAGCAUAGAAAGAGAAGAGUAGCUAAAAACUAAAGCUCGUCUCUCGUCUUGUUAAAAAAAAAAAACAAAA